GCGAGAGUGGGGAGGCGGGCAGACGUGUUGCAACAGAUGGCUUUACCAGCGGCGGAGCUCUGGAACGCCCUUAGACAGGCAGCGGCGAGGGAGGGAGAAAAGAGGGGCGAGGAAGCCGGGACAGCGCGAGGAGGGGAAAAAUCAUCCGAGUGAGACCUCCCACUCGUUUCUCAACUCUUCCUCUGCAGGCAGAAGACAGGAAGACGUCGGCCCGGACACAAGUUUGGAAAGAGGACUUUUGGCCAUGGAGGAGUCCACUCUCUGACCGGGGCCGUCAUCCUCCUCCACGGGGGUCCGAGAGGAGAACACCUGCCUCCACACGGAGAGGGAGCGGGCCCUGGGCUCAGAGUCGCCAUGGCAACGCAGGCUGCCGCGCAGCGAUUGGCUGCUUCCCUCCUGACCCGCGAGGGCGGCCCUGUCUGACCUUUGACCUCCGCCUACUGCUCGACUCGACGCCGGAGCAGCUGAUUGGUUGAUCUCCGGGUGAGGUCAGGGGUCAACGUGGGCCAAUGGCGGGCGGACUCCUCCUCAUCCUGUUGGCGUCCACCACGCUGGGCCACGCUCAGUUCCCGCCGGGCCAGCGGCUGAAGCCCCGCCUCCUGAGAGACAGACGCAACAUCCGUCCCAACAUCAUCCUGGUGCUCACCGACGACCAGGACAUGGAGCUGGGCUCCAUGCAGGCCAUGAAUAAGACGCGGCGCAUCAUGGAAGAGGGCGGGACUUCCUUCACCAACGCCUUUGUCACCACGCCCAUGUGCUGUCCGUCACGUUCCAGCAUGCUCACUGGGAAGUACGUGCACAACCACAACACGUACACUAACAACGAGAAUUGCUCGUCCAUGUCGUGGCAGCGUCAGCAAGAACCGCGAACCUUCGCCGUCUACCUCAACAACACAGGAUACAGGACGGCCUUCUUCGGGAAGUAUCUGAACGAGUACAACGGCUCGUACGUUCCUGCCGGAUGGAAGGAGUGGCUUGGCCUGGUCAAGAACAGUCGCUUCUACAACUACACUCUCAGUCGUAACGGGAUCAGAGAGAAACACGGAGCACAGUACCCUGAGGACUACCUAACAGACGUGAUCACAGCAGAGUCCAUUCGCUACUUCCGCUGGUCCAAGCGGGUUUACCCACAUCGGCCCGUCAUGAUGGUACUGAGUCACGCCGCCCCUCAUGGACCGGAGGACUCGGCGCCGCAGUACAGCAACGCCUUUCCCAACGCGUCACAGCACAUCACUCCCAGUUACAACCACGCUCCCAACCCGGACAAGCACUGGAUCAUGCGCUACACGGGCUCCAUGAAGCCGAUCCACAUGGAGUUCACCAACAUGCUGCAGAGGAAACGACUGCAGACUCUGCUCUCGGUGGACGACAGCAUGGACAAGCUAUACAAUAUGCUGGUGGAGACCAAGGAGCUGGAGAACACCUACAUCAUCUACACGUCUGACCACGGCUACCACAUUGGACAGUUUGGCCUGGUCAAAGGGAAGUCCAUGCCCUACGACUUUGACAUCCGAGUCCCCUUUUACGUCAGAGGACCAAACGUGGAGCAAGGCAGCGUCAACCCUCACAUGGUCCUCAACAUCGACCUGGCGCCCACCAUCCUGGACAUCGCCGGCCUGGACACACCCCCCGACAUGGACGGCCAGUCCAUCCUGAGCCUAUUGGACGUGGACAGAGCCGCUAACAGGUUCCAGGUGAGCAAGAAGGUGUGGCGGGACUCCUUCCUGGUGGAGAGAGGGAAAUUGCUGCAUCAGCGGGCGGAGGGGAAGGAAGUGUCUCAGGAGGAGAACUUCCUGCCCAAGCAUCAGCGGGUGAAAGAGCUGUGUCAGCGGGCGGAGUUCCAGACGCCCUGUCAGCAGUCUGGACAGAAGUGGCAGUGUGUGGAGGACUCCUCGGCAAGGUUGCGCCUCCUCAAGUGUAAGAGCGAAGGGGGCGUAGCCACCAGCCCGGAGGCGGACCAGCCAAUCAGCGUCAAGCCCGGGGCGUAUCCUGGCGGCCCGGAAAAGUGUGUGUGCAACAUCCGACCUCUGAAGCCGCCGCCCCCCAGCAAGAAGUCCUUCUUCUCCAAGAAGUACUUAAAAGUCCCUAAGAGCUACUCCAGGAACCGCUUCAGUCGCUCCGUACCUGUCACCAGCGGUUACCCCGGCAACCACAGCCUGUUGGGAGGGGCCUCUGACAACUUGACGGGAAACGAGGAGUCCGAGGACGAGUUCAGCGGGAUGGGCGGGGCUCCCACCGUCCUGACUCCACCCAACUCCGUCAAGGUCACACCCAGGUGUUCCAUCCUGACCAACUCCACAGUCCGCUGUGACACGGGGGUCUACACGUCCCUGCAGGCCUGGAGGGACCACAGACUGCACAUCGACCAUGAGAUUGAGACGCUGCAGACCAAGAUCAAGAACCUGAAAGAUGUCAAGGGUCACCUGAAGAAGGCUCGCCCCCUGGUGUGCGACUGCAACAAGUACAUGCACAAAUCCAAGCUGAGUAAGAAGUCCCGGUACAGAGGAGGGCGCGUUCACCCUUUCAGGAGGGGCGGGACCCGCCACAAGAAGGCGUGGCUGGAGAAGGAGCAGAAGAGGAGGAAGAAGAUGAGGAAAAUCAUCAAGCGAAUACGGAACAACGACACCUGUUCCAUGCCGGGACUCACCUGCUUCACGCACGACAACCAGCACUGGCAGACGGCGCCAUACUGGACACUGGGGCCCUUCUGCGCGUGCACCAGCGCCAACAAUAACACUUAUUGGUGUCUGAGGACCAUUAAUGAGAGCCACAACUUCCUGUUCUGUGAGUUUGCAACCGGCUUCCUGGAGUACUUUGACAUGAACACUGACCCCUACCAGCUGGUGAACGCCGUCGGCUCGUUAGACCGGACGCUCCUCAACAAUCUUCACGUUCAGCUGAUGGAGCUGCGAGGUUGCCGUGGACAUAAACAGUGCAAUCCUCGCACGCGCUCAGUGGAGCCCGCCGGUGGGCGGGACCACAGCAGCUUUGAUGACUACAGGCUGUUUGAGAAGAAGAAGUGGCCCAGAGUCAAGCGGCCUUCAUCGUCACGAACGCUAGGUCCUAUCUGGGACGGUUGGAAGGGAUAAUAAGCUUGGUCCCUAUUGGCCAGAACGGGCUUGUGACUCCGCCCACACCAGCACCAAGGAGCAGGGCGCGGUCGGCGCCAUGCACCCGCCACGCCACCCGGUCGACCACGCCCACCACUCGGCCAAUCAGCUUCCAGCUUUUCUGUGACUUCCCCCUCCCGACUGACCUUCAUCAUCAUCAUCAUCACUCUGCUUCUUCAACCCUUCCUUACCAUGAAGAUGAGGAGGGUGGCGAUGAAGAUAACGUCCACCUUUUGUACCUUUUGCUCGGAAUCCAUAGUGGCUGUCAGUCAGACAUGGCCACGCCCCUUUUUUUGGGCGUUCCGUCGAACACGCCCAAUCCAGCAACUGUUGGCGCAACAUGGACACGCCCCCUCGUGUGUCUUGUAUAAACACGCCCUCUAACUGCUGUCAGUCAAAAAUUGACCCGCCCCCUCAUGUGUCAAACAAAUAAUUAUAGACACGCCCCUCGAUAUACUGUCAGUCCAACAUGGACACGCCCCCUCCGCGCAUUAAGUGCUGUUAAAAGUUUCCUGUUAAUGAUUGACUAAUAUAUUUCAAGGCGGCCAUCUUUGACGAGUAAAGAGGCAGCGAAAACUGUUGUUUACUAACAUUACCCAUAAAGCUUGCACUGACCUCUAGUGGCCAAUCAAGUCACUUUCUACAACGCUACAAUGUGGAACAUUCGGGAGAAGGUUCUAGCGUUGUCUCCAUAAACAUCUUAUAAGUAGACGCAGCAUUGGCUGCUGUGAUGCGAGAAAUUUGGCCGCCAUCUUGAAGUGGUGAUGAGGAGCCGGCGACAAGUAGAAAACAAAGAUUCAUCGUUUUCCUGCUAAAAUGAGCGAAAAUAGGGAUCGGGGGAUUACUUUUCACAAGUGAGAUUUAACAUUAACGUACUAUUGGUUGUAUUUUGUGAAAAUAAUAUUAUUACAGAGUUGAGAAGGAGCAAAUAUCUUCAAUAUUUACAAACUUUCAGCAAUCCCUAAAACAAAAUUCCCCAGCCGCCCCUGAUUAUGAUGCAUUCUCAUGUUAGGCAAAGUAUAAGACAAUACUUUCUUAACAGUAUAAUUGUAACCAGGAAUAAGUCUUCAAGUAGCAAUAUUCAAAUACUAACAUUGUUGGGUAAGACAGAAUUUGGUUUGAUUCUGAAUCCAGUGAAACAGAUUGGUGGUUUUAGCUGAUAUAAAGACUUUCAGGUGUUUAUAUAUGUUUAUGUUUAAGUAUUUGGCAGACGCUUUUAUCCAAAGCGAAAUACAUACAGUAUAAAACAAUAAAUGUUAUCAUUUAAGGUAAGAAUGUACAAACCCCGUUUCCAUAUGAGUUGGGAAAUUGUUUUGGAUGUAAAUAUAAACAGAAUACAAUGAUUUGCAGUUACCGUUGCCUUAGGAACUAAUGCACCUCCAUACCAUCACAGAUGCUGGCUUUUGAACUUUGCGUCGAUAACAGUCUGGAUGGUUUGCUUCCCCUUUGGUCCGGAUGACACGAUGUCAAAUAUUUCCAAAAACAAUUUCAAAUGUGGACUCGCCAGACCACAGAACACUUUUCCACUUUGCAUCAGUCCAUCUUAGAGAAGCCGGCGGCGUAUCUGGAUGUUGUAGAUAAAUGGCUUUUGCUUUGCAUAGUAGAGCUUUAACUUGCACUUAUAGAUGUAGCGACGAACUGGAUUUAGUGACAGUGGUUUUCUGAAGUGUUCCUGAGCCCAUGUGGUGAUAUCCUUUAGAGAUUGAUGUCGGUUUUUGAUACAGUGCCGUCUGAGGGAUCGAAGGUCACGGUCAUUCAAUGUUGGUUUCCGGCCAUGCCGCUUACGUGGAGUGAUUUCUCCAGAUUCUCUGAACCUUUUGAUGAUAUUAUGGACCGUCGAUGUGGAAAUCCCUAAAUUUCUUGCAAUUGCACUUUGGGAAAGGUUGUUCUUAAACUGUUUGACUAUUUGCUCACGCAGUUGUGGACAAAGGGGUGUACCUCGCCUCAUCCUUUCUUGUGAAAGACUGAGCAUUUUUUGGGAAGCUGUUUUUAUACCCAAUCAUGGUAUUCACCUGUUCCCAAUUAGCCUGCACACCUGUGGGAUGUUCCAUAUAAGUGUUUGAUGAGCAUUCCUCAACUUUAUCAGUAUUUAUUGCCACCUUUCCAAACUUCUUUGUCCCGUGUGGCUGGCUUCAAAUUCUAAAGUUAAUGAUUAAUUGAAAACAGUUUUUUUUAUUAGUUUGAACAUCAUAGAUGUUGUCUUUGUAGCAUAUUCAACUGAAUAUGGGUUGAAAAGGAUUUGCAAAUCAUUGUAUUCCGUUUAUAUUUACAUCUAACACAAUUUCCCAACUCAUACGGAAACGGGGUUUGUAAUAAAUACAAAGUGUCAAAACAGAAUAAACUCUGCUGCUGCAGCAACAGAGACACAGUCUAUAGGUCCCUAAGAUAUCUAGACAUCUAACGUAUUCAUACAUUUUUUAUGUAGAAUAUACGCAUGUAUAUCUAACCUAAUCAUUUUGUUUCUUCAAUUUAAAAAUUGCUGACCGUUUUUUUCCCCCUUCCCUGGGAUUAUAUUCCCAGUUUUGAUCUCGGACAUGUGUUCACUUAUAUUUUAUAAGAAUAUCCUAUUGCUGUUAAGCAAACUAUGGAUAAUAAAACACGCCAAAACACGUGUCCUUUGUCAUAACUACACGUAUGACAAAAAAAAGGGUGAAAAUUAGUGGUAUUCAGUGAGGUAAAAUGAAUAAAAUGCGCUGACAGUUCAUUGCUCCAGCCAAAUGUAUUGCACUGAGUGGAGCGGAUCACCACUCCAAGAUGGCGGCCCCGCGUCUCGUCAGUAGCGCUCGAUGCUGCGCCUACUUAUAUGAACCAUAUUAUACAUUAUACCAAUAUGAACCACAGGAGGGGGUGCCACCUACUGUCGAUGACAAGCAUUUAUUUAUGUUCAGACGCUAAAGGGAAAUCUGAGAGCUACCUGGUCGUCAUGACGACUGAUGGAACCCCCCGCCCCCUUUCUAAUUUAGACUAAUAUGGCGUUUCCUUCAGCGUGUUUGAAUGUCUGCUGCUGAGCACUUUUUGGCGUCACGUGACCAGCGGUCACGUGGUGAAGAUGUAAAGCGUUGUGUGUAACACGUGACCAUAGUUUUGUCAUUAAAAAAAAAUGCAAAAAUGAAA